ACGCAGGCUUCUCCAGCAGAGGGGUGGAGAAAGAGAACUGUUGAUGUGGCCAGUUUCUACUGCUGUUUAAAAACCCCACCCUGUAGCUGAAGUGAGUUUUUUUUUCCCAGCUGAGUUAAUCUGUAUUCAGCAUCUGAGGACGCAGCAAGCUGCUCUUUAGGCAAAAUGGCAAAAGUGCGCGAAGUCCUGGCCGAGAUCUGUCUGGGUUAUGAGGAAACACAGGUGGGAGCCACUGUGAGACCCUACGGAAACUUCGAUGCAGCAAAAGAUGCUGAUGAUUUGGCUACUGCUAUUGAAGUCAAAGGUGUUGAUGAGCUAACCAUAAUCAACAUUUUGACAAAACGGAGCAAUGACCAACGGCAGGAUAUUGCCUUCGCUUAUGAGAGGAAGACCAAAAAGAAACUGGAUGAAAAACUAAAGGUUGCUCUCAAAGGUGACCUGGCAGAUGUUAUUUUAGGUCUCUUGAAAACUCCAGCCAAGUAUGAUGCUUACGAACUGUACCAGGCAAUGAAGGGGUUGGGAACCACUGAAAGCACACUCACUGAAAUACUCUGCUCCCGGACAAAUGAGGAACUUCAUAGAAUUACAAAAACAUACAAGGAAGCUCACAAGAAUGAUCUGGACAACUCCAUUAAGAAAGAUACUUCUGGUCUUUACCGCGAGCUUUUGCUUGCUCUAGUAAAGGGCAUCCGAUGUGAACCCAGCAACGUGAUAGACUAUGAACAGAUUGACCGAGAUGCAAAGGAUCUUCACGAUGCUAUGACUACGAAAAAGGAAAAGGAUUUUCCCAGGUGGAUUAGCAUCUUGACCGAGAGAAGCACUCCACACCUCGAAAAAGUGUUUACUCGAUACAGGACCUACAGCCCCAUGGAAAUCACUGAGACUAUCAAAAAAUCUGCUAAUGGAGAUUUGUCGGAUGGAUUGAUGGAUUUGGUGCAGUGCAUCCAAAGCAAACACAAGUAUUUUGCUGAUAAACUGAUCGAAGCAAUGAAGGGCAAAGGAACAAAAGAGAAGCUUCUCACUCGGAUCAUGGUGUCUCGUUGUGAGGUUGACCUAUUCCAAAUCAGGAGAGAAUUCAAAAAGAAACACGGCAAAUCUCUUCAUUCAGCAAUUGCUGAUGAGACUAAAGGAGAUUACCAGAGGGCACUGCUGUCUCUAUGUGGAGGAGAUGAUGCAUAAAUGCGGAACCACAGAGAUGAAUUCCAAUCUAGUGCAUUCUUGCUUUCAUCUACAAAUAAUUGCUACUUAAAAACUGCGCAGGCACAAUAUUUCGCUUUCACUACUUAACCUUUCUCAUAUAUAGUUUGUGUAAAAGCACAGAGUACUAGAAUUAUAAGAAGCACAAUGUUGUGCUUGAAAAUUUCACUCUCUCAGCAAUCCAAGCGUACAGGUAGAUCUUUUUUAAAAGCCCUAAUAGAUCAACUGAAACUUGAAACAGUGGCAUUGAGUUGCCAGCAUCACUGUGCUGUACCUGAUGUUUUAGGGCAGACUUGGAAUGCAGAAUAUUGUCUUGAUUCAUUGCAAGUGCAAAUGUACAAGAUUUAAGGUGUCAGCAUGCAUAAAGUGUUCUGUACCAUACAGUGCUUUUGUUGUGAAUCCUAUCCAAACUAUGCCAGUAAGACAAGCAGGCUUGAGGUUUUUUUUACAUGAAAUAAAAAAUUGUAAUUGCUGAUUUGAA